AUGCAAGCCGCACUUGCAGUGUCGACGGUAGUCGCGUUCGCUGGUGCGAGCCAAAGCGACUUGGAAGAAUGGUUCAUGAAAUUUGGCGCGGAAGCGAUCACCAACAACCUGCUGCCGAGGAUCCACGGCGCCACCACCGAAGCGACCAACAACGCGCUUUUGAUUGAGCGACUGGACGCGACCAAAACGCUCAUCACCACACUGCAGGCCGAAAACCCGGAUGCAACCUUUGGGAUCGGGCCCUACGCGCUCUUGACCUCAGGCGAGUUUGCUCAGCGCCUCGGGCUUGCGGGGAUACCACCGUCCGUUGCGGCCCCGCCGGCGCUGACCGCUACGCCGCCGAAUGCGACGGUCGACUGGACGACGUCCAAGUGCCUCAACCCAGUAAAGAACCAAGGUCGAUGCGGCAGUUGCUGGACGUUUGCGGCCACGGGGGCUGCCGAAGCAGCGCAUUGCAUUGCGACCGGCACGCUUCUCAACCUCUCGGAGCAGCAGGUCGUCAGCUGCGACACGACCAACGGCUUUGGCUGCAAUGGUGGCUGGGAAACCGGCGCUCUCAACUGGAUCGCAGCUAAUGGCCAGUGCCUCACGGCCGACUACCCCUACACGUCCGGUGCGACGCAGUUGACCGGCGCCUGCCAAAAGAUGUGCACGCCACAGAAGCUUUCGAUCGGGUCGCUCGUGUAUAUCGCUGGCGAAACCGCGCUCGAGUCGGCGCUCCAAACACAACCAACGACGGUGGCCGUCUCGGCAGGCAACCCCGUGUGGCAGCACUACAUGGGCGGUCUCGUCACGGCGUGCCCCGCUGCGAUCUCGGACCACGCGCUCGUCGCUGUCGGGUACGGUACAACCGCGGAUGGACAGCCGUACUUCAAGCUGCGCAACUCGUGGGGCGUCAAUUGGGGCGAACAGGGCUAUAUCCGCCUUCUUCGCGGCGUCGGCGGCUACGGAACGUGCAACCUCGCCGAGGCGCCGUCGUACCCGCGUAUUACCUACCCGAAUCCACCGACAAGUGCGCCAACAACGCAAAAGCCAACGACCCUGGCACCGACGACCCUAGCCCGAACAAAGACACCGGCUCCCACCAAGACGCCGGCUCCCACCAAGACACCGGCUCCCACCAAGACACCGGCUCCCACAAAGACACCGGCCCGAACAAAGACACCUACCCCCACCAAGACACCGACCCCCACCAAGACACCGACCUCGAGAAAGACGCCAGCCCCCACGACCCGCAAACUACCGGUAACCCCGGCUCCCACGACGCCACAGCCACCGGCGGUGACCGUAAAAACCUCGAUCCCGUGGCCAGUCCCUACAACGCCAACGCCACGUCCAUCGCCCCAAUACAACUAG